CGGAUUCUUUGCCUCUAAGCCAUGAGGAAGUCCCCAAAGCUUGCUCUUUUACAUGUAUUUUGGAGCUCAUGAACCGAAUGUGUCUCAUAUACAUAUGACCAAGAAAUUACAAGCAAAAGGAAACAGUGGAAAAGGAGAAAUUCUGCAAAGAGUGAUGUUUAGAAGAACUGAAACCCAUGAAACCAAAGAUUUUUUCCUCGGGAAGAUAGAGGAAACUGUGCAUGGUUUUGAGAGUCUGUGGACAGAUGAUGAAAGAAGUGACAACGAAAUAUCUAUAUCCCAUAACAAAAAUCUCACUGAUGGAAAAGAUGAUCAGAGUAGAAAUGAUGCAGGAGAUAAGCCUGUUGAAAGACUCGGAUCAAGCUUUCAUGAAGAAUUGCAGAUGCUUCAGUCUGAAGGGACGAUUUUUGAGUGUAAUCAAGUUGUGACAAAUAUUAACAGUAGCCCCUCAGGUUUGCCACCUCAGAGAACUCAUAGUGUCCGCAAAGGCAUUUGUCAUAAACAUGAGAGUGCUGUUAUGCAUCCCUCAGAACAGGCCCCAGACCAGGAAGGACACAAGAAAAAAUCUUACAAAAGUAGUGAGUGUAGCAUAACCUUUCUUCAGCACUCAGAACUCACUAGACAUCAAAGAAUCCUUACAGGAAGAAAACCAUAUAAAGCUGACAUACAUGGCAAGGCCUUUAAUGAUAAUGAGAGCCUUGCAGUUCAUCAGAGAAAUCAUACUGGAGAGAAACCAUAUAAAUGUGAUGUAUGUAGCCACAGCUUUAAACAGAACACAGCCCUUCAAAUUCAUCUGAGAGUACAUACUGGAGAGAGACCAUAUAAAUGUGAUGUAUGUGGCCACUCCUUUAAGCACAAGACACACCUUCAAAAUCAUGGGAGAACUCAUACUGGAGAGAAGCCAUAUACAUGUGAUGUGUGUGGAAAGGCCUUUACUCGAAAAGAAAGCUGUGCACUUCAUCAGAUCCUUCAUACUGGAGAGAAACCAUAUAAUUGUGAUGUAUGUGGCCAUGGCUAUACUCGAAAGUCACAACUUAGAAUUCAUCGGAGAGUUCAUACUGGAGAGAAGCCAUAUACAUGUGAUGUGUGUGGAAAGGCCUUUUCUCGCAAGGAAGGAUGUGCACUUCAUCAGAUCCUUCAUACUGGAGAGAAACCAUUUAAGUGUGAUGUCUGUGGCCGCGGCUAUAUUCGAAAGUCACAACUUGAAAUUCAUCAGAGGGUUCACACUGGAGAGAAGCCAUAUAAAUGUGAUGUCUGUGGAAAGGCUUUUACUCGCAAAGAAAGCCAUGCACUUCAUCAGAUCCUUCAUACUGGAGAAAAACCAUAUAAAUGUGAUCUGUGUGGACAGGCCUUUACUCGCAAAGAAAGCCAUGCACUUCAUAAGAUCCUUCAUACUGGAGAGAAACCAUAUAAAUGUGAUGUAUGUGGCCGUGGCUAUACUCGAAGCACACAACUUGCAAUUCAUUGGAGACUUCAUACUGGAGAGAAACCAUAUCAAUGUGAUGUGUGUGGCCAUGGCUAUCCUCGAAAGUCACAACUUGUAAUUCAUCAGAGAAUACAUACUGGAGAGAAUCCUUAUAAAUGUGAUGUAUGUGGCUGUGGCUUUACUGGAAAGAGACAACUUAGAAUUCAUCGGAGAAUUCAUACUGAAGUGAAAUCUUACAAAUGUAACAAUUGUGGCAAACGUUUUUUUGCACUGUUUUCCUUAAAUAAACAUCAAACAAUUCAAACAGGUGAGAAAGCAUGUAAAUGUAAUUUGUGUGGCAAAAUGUUCAGUUCUAGGUGUUAUUUAGCAGUUCAUCAGAGAACUCAUACUGGAGAAAAACCAUAUAAAUGUGAUGUGUGCGGAAAGGCCUUUACUCGCAAACAAAGCCGUUCACUUCAUCAGAUUCUUCAUACUGGAGAGAAACCAUAUAAAUGUGAUGUGUGUGGCCAUGGAUAUACUCGAAAGUCACGACUUGUAAUUCAUCACAGAGUUCAUACUGGAGAGAACCCUUAUAAAUGUGAUGUAUGUGGCUGUGACUUGACUGGGAAGAGACAACUUAGAACUCAUCGGAGAAUUCAUACUGAAGUGAAAUCUUACAAAUGUAACAGCUGUGGCAAAAGAUUUUUUGCACUGUCAUCCUUAAAUAAACAUCAGGCAGUUCCAACAGAUGAGAAAGCAUGUAAAUGUAAUUUGUGUGGCAAAAUGUUCAGUUCUAGGUGUUACUUAGCAGUUCAUCAGAGAACUCAUACUGGAGAGAAACCAUAUAAAUGUGAUUUAUGUGGCCAUGGCUAUCCUCGAAAGUCACAACUUGUAAUUCAUCAGAGAAUACAUACUGGAGAGAAUCCUUAUAAAUGUGAUGUUUGUGGCUGUGGUUUUACUGGAAAGAGACAACUUAGAACUCAUCGGAGAAUUCAUACUGAAGUGAAAUCUUACAAGUGUAACAACUGUGGCAAACGUUUUUUUGCACUGUCGUCCUUAAGUAAACAUCAGGCAGUUCAAAUAGAUGAGAAAGCAUGUAAAUGUAAUUUGUGUGGCAAAAUGUUCAGUUCCAGGUGUUGCUUAGCAGUUCAUCAGAGAAUUCAUAUUGGAGAGAAACCAUAUAAAUGUAUUGUGUGUGGCUGUGGCUAUACUCGAAAGUCACAACUUGGAAUUCAUCAGAAAGUUCAUACCGGAGAGAAGCCAUAUAAAUGUGAUGUAUGUGGCUGUGAAUUUACUGGAAAGAAACAACUUAGAACUCAUCGGAGAAUUCAUACUGAGGUGAAAUCUUACAAGUGUAACAGCUGUGGCAAACUUUUUUUUGCACUGUCAUCAUUAAAUAAACAUCAGGCAGUUCAAUCAGAUGAGACAGCAUAUAAAUGUAAUUUGUGUGGCAAAAUGUUCAGUUCCAGGUGUUGUUUAGCAGUUCAUCAAAGAAGUCAUACUGGAGAGAAACCAUAUAAAUGUGAUGUGUGUGGAAAGGCCUUUACUCGAAAAGAAAGCCAUGCACUUCAUCAGAUCCUUCAUACUGGAGAGAAACCAUAUAAAUGUGAUGUAUGUGGCAAGGCCUUUAGAGUAAAUGGCAGCCUUACAUCUCAUCGGAAAAUUCAUUGCCGAGAGAAACCAUAUAAAUGUGAUGUAUGUGGCAAGGCCUUUAGUGUAAGCGGAAGCCUUAGAACUCAUCAGAAAAUUCAUACUGGAGAGAAACCAUAUAAAUGCGAUGUAUGUGGCAAGGCCUUUAGAGUAAACGGGACCCUUACAUCGCAUCAGAAAAUUCAUACUGGAGAGAAACCGUAUAAAUGUGAUGUAUGUGGUAAGGCCUUUACUAUAAACGGAAGCCUUACAACUCAUCGGAAAAUUCAUACUGGAGAGAAACCAUAUAAAUGUGAUGUAUGUGGCAAGGCCUUUAGUUUAAAUGGAAGCCUCACAUAUCAUCAGAAAAUUCAUUCCAACGAGAAACCAUACAAAUGUGAUGUAUGUGGCAAGGCCUUUAGAGUAAAAGGAAGCCUUACAUCUCAUCAGAAAAUUCAUACUGGAUAGAAGGCAUAUAAAUGUGAUGCAUGUGGCAAGGUCUUUAGUUUCAAAUCAACCCUUGCAUUUCAUCAAAGAAUUUAUACUGCAGAGAAACGUUACAAAUUAACAAUGGUGACAGAGCUUUUAGUGGACAGUCAUCCUUAUCUCUCCAUCAGGCAGUUCAUACAGGAGAGAAAGCAUAGAAAUGUAUCUUAUGUGGCAGAGUCUUCAAUUCCAGCUGUUACUUUGCAGUUCAUUGGAGAACUCAUAUUUGAGAGAAACCAUAUAAAUGUUAUGUAUGUGGCAAGGCCUUUAGUCAAACUGCAAACCUUGCAAUUCAUCGGAGUAUUCAUACUGGAGAGAAAGCAUAUGAAUGGGUUGUCUGGCAAGGCCUUUAGUCAUAUUGGUAAGCUUGCAGUUUAUCCAGAAUUCAUACUGGAGAGAAACUGUAUAAAUGUGUUGUGUGUGGCUGAUGCUUUACUUGAUGUGCACAACUUGGAAUUCAUCAGAGAAUUCAUACUGGAGAGAAAACAUAUAAAUGUGAUCUCAGUGUCAAGGCUUGUAAUCUAAAUGCAAACCUUACAGUUCAUCAGAGAAUUCAUGUUGGAGAGAAACCUUACAAUUGAAACAAUGGUGACAAAGGUUUUAGUGCACAGCCAGUCUUAACUCACCAUCAGGCAGUUCAUACAGGAAAGAACGCAUAGAAAUGUGAUGUAUGUGGCCAAUGGUUUACUUGAAAUGACCAUCAUAAGAAGCAUCAGAUAAUUCAUAGUGGAGAAAACUGUUAAAAAUGGGACAAUUGUGAGAAGCAUUUUAGUGCAACUGUAAUGAAUAUGGCAAAGCCCCUAAUCUGAGUUCAGGCCUUAUAAUUCAUCAGAAUUCAUACUGUAUAGAAAGCAUCAAAAUGAAUAUGGCAAAGUUUGUAAUUCACUUUCAGCUGUAACUGACCAUUUGGCAGUUCAUACAGGAGAGAAACCACAUAAAUGGGAGUUUUACGAUGAAGCCUGCAGUCACACAGAAUGACUUUGCAGAUCAUCUGAGAGUCAGUGCAGUGAAAACUUCUAAAUGUAGUGAAUGAAGAAAGUAUAUGAAGUUUUGGGCCUUCAGAAAAGUCUGACUGGAGGAAAAUUGCAUGAAUGUGGUAGAUAUGGUAAAGCUUUGAAUCUAUAUUCAGACCUAACUGAUCCUCAGGUAAUUAAUGUGAAUUGAAAUCUUACCCACAUAGUGCAUGUGGUAAGUCUUUUGGAAGGUGUUCAUUUUUUUACAAAACAUGAGAAAAUACCUACUGGCAAGAAUCCAUACAUUCAGAGCACAGUCAGUCCCUCCAGUGAAGGAAAUCAUAAUGUCUGUGGCUAGGAUUUCAAUAACAGGCAGAUCAUUCCCUUCAUCAGGAAAAUUCAUUAUUCCUUCAGGUGCCAUUCAGGCCUAAAGACAUCAGGUGACACAAACUUGAGAGACCUUCCAAAUGUUAUCAAUGUGGCCAGGGUUUUUGUUUACACCUUAAGCUUCUUGAGAAUAUUCACACUAGAUAAAAACUGUAUCAUUGUAAUAAUAAAUGUGUCAGGGUUUUUAGGCAACAAUCUGAAGUCAGGCUUCAGUAAACAAGUCAUUUUGGAGAGAAAGCUUACAAGUGACAUGAGUAUGUAAACCUUAACUCAGGAUCACAACUCACCAUCCAUCAGAUCAUCCAUACUAGAGAGAACCUUACCAGUGUAGAAUAUGUGGCAAGGCUUUUAGGUACUCCCUGUUAACUCAGUGUUCACCAAAUACUUUAUACUUAGAAAUGCAAAUAUUAUGGCAGUUGUGACAAUUACUGCUCACUCUUUAGGUAUCUAAGAACAUAUAUGCUGGAGAUAAACCACACUAAUACAAUGUUUGUGGAAAGCUAUUGUGAAGAAACUUGAGUCAAAAGAACCAGAAAGUAUGCGUGUGUAUCUGUUUCAUCAUUGAUUGCUGCCAUUUCUGUUGUACCGUUGUUUUCUGCAGAAUGUACCAUAAGUCUUGUGCUCUAAUAAAAUUUGUAUAAUUUUUCCUAUAACCCUGAA